AUGAAAGCAUCAGAACUCACCGUUAAAUGUUUGGAAAACGAAAAUGUUGACUAUAUUUUCGGAAUACCCGGCGAGGAAAACCUGGAUCUAAUGGAUGCCUUAUUGGAAUCCGAUAUUCAAUUUAUUCAGACGCGCGAUGAACGGGCUGCCGCCUUCAUGGCAGAUGUCUACGGUCGCCUCACUGGACGCGCAGGGGUCUGUCUCGCCACCCUUGGUCCCGGAGCCAUGAACCUUGUCACCGGAGUUGCUGAUGCCAAUAUGGAUAGGGCACCUCUCAUCGCAAUCACCGGACAAGCCAGCCUUGACAGGAUGCACAAGGAAUCGCACCAAUACAUGGAUGUCGUCUCUGUUUUCAAACCGAUGACGAAAUGGAAUACGCUCCUCCAUCUGCCCGAAAUCAUCCCCGAAUCCAUAAGCAAAGCCUUCAAAAUAGCGACAAGCGAAAAACCGGGUGCUACCCACAUUGAUUUUCCUGAAGACGUAGCAAGGAUGCAAAUCGACGCGGAACCUGUACCUCAUGAUUUCCCAAGUGAAGCAGAACCUGUUGCCGCCUGUUUGCAACGCGCCGCACAGUUGAUUAACGAUGCCAGACAACCUAUUAUUCUUGCAGGCAACGGAGUCAUCCGUCAAAAUGCCUCUCGCAUGUUAACACAAUUCGCAGAGAUGACGAAUAUUCCGGUUGCGCACACCUUUAUGGGCAAAGGGAGCAUUCCCUGGACCCAUCGGCUCUCUCUUCUGAGUGUCGGUUUGCAAGCAAACGAUUUCGUCUCCUGCGGAUUUGAUCGGGCAGACCUCGUCAUCGCUAUCGGCUAUGAUAUCGUCGAAUACCAUCCAAGCCUCUGGAACCCGAAUCGAGAUAAAAAACUCAUCCAUAUUGAUACGCAACCGAGCGAAAGCGAUGCCGCUUAUGUUACUGAUGUCGAAAUGGUUGGCAACAUUCGGCAGAGUCUCAGACACCUCAUGGCACAAGAAAUAUUUUUCCCAAAGAUGCGGAGUAUGCUUCAAAUACAUUGCGGAAAAUCAUACUCGACCAACUUAACGAACAUCGUGAUGACGCAGAUUUUCCGAUGA